AUGACGUUGUAUUGGAGAAACACUACUCUCAACCAGCUUUUAGGAAGUGUUGAACGACCGAAAGACCACCCUCUAGAUGUUUACAUGGCCAUAGAAAAGCUCUCUGUUGAAGAGUAUGCUUUUGGUGCAAAAACUCAUAUCCCUAAGUUUUCAGUUCACAACGAAAGAUCGCUGCAAAACUUCCUAUCGACAAUCAACUCAAAGUUGGGAAGAAGAGUUUAUGUUUCAUGUGAUGGGCUACUCAAUUUAGGUAUUGUGCUAAGUGUCGAAACAGGCUACUUAGUACAUAUAAGCUCGACCGCAAAUAUCGAAAAUAACUUUAUUUUUGGUUUAGCUAGCAACGUUAAUAGCGUUUUGAAAAAUAUUGUCAAAAGCUGUGAUUUCAAAGGAGAGCCACCAGUAGAUAUAGCACUCGUCAAAAAGUGGAUUAAAGUUUUGUACUUGGAGAAUAAAUUUGAGCUGAAAAUUAACCGAUAUCGACCUAGCUUUCAUAUAGAGUACAAUACGGAACUAGCUCUAGAAAAACCUAUAUUACCAUUGAAGCAUGAGGUGGGAAUCAUGAACCUUUAUGUUGAGCCUAACCCAUUGGUGCCGAUUCUCAACUCCUAUCAGUGUGACUUUUGUCUGAAGUCACUGGCAAAAAUCAAGCACGUGAUGGUCCAUAUCAAUGAAAAUCAUCAAGUACCGACCGGUUUUAAAUCCAAUGAUUUUAUUUCUUUCUCUCAUAGUCAAAUGACUCCAAAAGGCCACAUUACAGUUUUGGUGAGUGAAGGUUUUAUUAAACUCGAGAAAAUUAUUAUUUCAGCUCAUAGAAAAAAAGUACCAGCUUAUUUUGUGCCAGAGUCCGUACCUAAGUGGAAAAAUCAAGACUUGGAACUCAGCCACAAUAAACUAGAAUAUACUAUAAAUGAAAUAUCUGAAUUUGAUGAAAUGUUCAAUUUUAAUUGCAUUGUCAAUUUCAUUAAUAAUUUAAAAAUGAAUGACAUCAAUUACUACCUUGACUACUGCAAAGUUGACGAAAGAUAUCGGCUGAUUAAAAACUUUUUAACCAAAAUUCUGUUCAAUAUAAUUGUUUGUCAGACUAGAAAAUAUGAGUUUGAUACUACGCUUACUAGCCAUAGGGAAAGGACUCUCAAAUUCUAUAUAUCAUCUGCUUCACGGCCAUCUUUCGUUUUUGGAAAAAUAUCCAAUCCUCAAAGAAUACUAAACUAUGCUAAAGCAAUCUCAGAAGGGUUAAUCAUUCUAUUUGGCUCUCUAAAUCUUAAAAGGCAAAAGAUUAAUUUAAAUUGCGAAAUACCUGACUAUAAAGUGCAUUUCUCCAGCUCUCAGAAAAAGCUGCUCAAAGAAAUUUUCAAGUACGUUGUGGCCAACUACAAAAACAAAGAAGUGAGAAUGUUUGAUGACGAAGAGCUGAAAGAUACCGGACUAAAGUUAGAACUUGAAGGGGACGUGCUAUUUUUCUGGAAUAACCUUAGCAAGUUUUUCAUUAACAUAUCACUUCAAAUGGAGGGGAGGCACACUCCGUUGCAGACCAUAUUCUGUCUUUCAACGUGCAACUACGACUUUUGUAUGAAAAAAUUGAAUUUUCAUCGGCCGCCCAAGAGGUCACGAACUUUCAAAGCUCUGUUAUAUAUAAUAAGACUCAGUUUUUUGAGUUCGAUAAACAAAAAAACUGAUGAGUAUUACAACGCUCGGAUAACUGAAGCUACAAUCAAAGGUGGUCUUAGAAAAAUCAUGGAAAAGCUUUAUUAUCCUACAUUGUAUUACUUUUUAAAACGAAAAGCUGCAAUGUUGCAACCUUUCUUCAAUGCCGAAAAGUACACCUAUGUUCACCCGGUUUCAUUCAAAGACAAGUUAGUAGGAUGCAAAAUAUUGGGAUUAUUCAGUGUCAACAUAAUGCUGAAUAAAUCAAUUGAGUACAUCAAGGCUGAGAUCAUGUAUAUUAGAAGAUUUAGUGAAAUUCAAUGCGAUUUUGAUGAUGAUGAUUCUAUACGCAGAGUCUUGGAGGACUAUAGUGAGGAUACUAAUAAUAGACGUAUGUGGCCCUUGCGAAAGCAGAAAGAACAUGAUCCUAGUUAUGUUGAAAACAUGCUCACAAAGGAUUUCCGAAGAUCCAUAUCAGGAAUCACAUGUUUGCUAAUAGGUUACUUGGUGAUAACCAACAAGCCAUUAUCAAGAUUUAGCGAGUAUUUGAAUAUUAAAACCGAUGCUUUGGAAUUUAAGAAUAACUUGUUAUCUAUCUCAACAGAAGAGUUCAACUUUACAGUGGAUGAUGAAAGCGUUGUGCGCUAUUUUAAAUACUAUCAAGUUAUUAGAAUAUUUUUGUUAAAGGUUGAUGAAAAAAUCGAUGAUAGCUUUUUUUUUCUAAAACUUGAUUAUGUGAAACCAAAGACGUUUUUUGAUUUGAUGGGUAGCAGAUAUACUACUUAUAGAUAUUUUUGCUCUUUUCUAAAGGCUUGUCAUGAAAAGAAUAAUUAUAGAGGUGAGAGGUUUUCUAAAAAUUGGAUAGAGAUUGUUAGGCAUGGAUUAAGAGAGAGAAGCGAAGGAUAUUUAGUCAUAAACUUGAAGUUGAUAGCUCCAGAUCAUCAAAAGUUUGUGGGUAGUGAAGAUGCACCAAAUGUUGACCCCAGAUCUUAUCUACCAAUUGAUGAGGAUUUCAGUUUGAAAGAUAUUAUUGAAAGUGGAUUUCUGGAUUACAACUUUGCCGACGAGGAGGAUGUCGAAGAUGAUCAGGAUUCCGAUCUAACCACAGCAAAUAUAGCUGGCACGGAAAACAAGGGUAACCAAGACAACUUUGAUGAUAUCAAUGACUACGAUGAAGAAGGUGAUGACGAUAAAUCUAAUAAGGAAGAUUAUGAAACGAUGAUUAAUCGUAUAAAAAUGCAACUUCAAAGCCAAACUGAAAAGAAAAGUAAGCAUUAG